AUGGCCCCCUUCGCCCUCUUCUUAAUGGCGCUGGCGUUCUUCCAUACCUCCGAGUUCUGCCUGGCCGCCCUCUACAACAGGCGUGAUCUGGGAUGGCGAUCGUGGCUGUUCAGCCGCCCCUACUGCGUGGCCAUGCUGGCAGCCUGUGUGGAGCACGCGGCAGAGCUGCGCUGGGCACCCUUCCUCAAGCUGCCGGCGGUGUCCCGGCUGGGCCUGGCGGCGGUGGUGGCCGGCGAGUGUGUGCGCAAGGCUGCCAUGGCGGCGUUUGCGGCGGCCGCCUGGCGCUUCUUCAGCAGCAGGAUAGCAUAUGAAGACGAGCUGCUGGCCAGCUUCUUCGGGGCGCCAUACGAGCGCUACCGCUCCACUGUGCCCAGCGGGAUACCCUGUGUGCCAUAG